UCUAUAAAUCUUGCCAAAUCUAAUAUCUUCUUUUCUGGGAACACUCCUGAAUCUGUUAAAAAUUCUAUUUGUCUUAUUUUGAAUGGAAUUGUGGUGGCUAAGAGCUCCAAAUAUUUGGGGCUUCCUUUGGGGAUAGGGAGAAAUAAGAGAGAUACCUUUUCUUUU